GUUAUUUACUUUUUAUUACGCACAGACAGCAAACAGUGAAAACUAAUAAUUUUAGUUUGAAGCUAAUUCCAGUUAGUUUAUGUUCCCAAUCUACAUAUUGAACAAAAAAACUAAUUGUAAGAUCCAGCCAAAUCUACUCGUGAUAAGUCAAACAAGUCAGCUGACCGGGGAUCACACAUCACACUAUGCAGGCCGAGAUUGACCAAAUGGAAAUACAAAUGGAUAAUUUAGAUCUGGUCGGCAACGGCGACUCUGUGUUGAUGAACCCAGACAUUUUGGAACAAGUGUUUUCCCACUUGGACUUGAAGACUUUAAAGUCCGUUCGACUCGUCUGCACCGUCUGGGACGACUUUGGGGCUAAAGUUCUCGGAAAAAAUGGUCGCCUCACCUUUUCAACACCCCCCAACCCUUCCCACCCUAACUGUAAAGAGUUGAUGUCGUUCGACCACAAACUCGCCAAGAAUAUAACAUUACAUAUGAAGUGUUAUUGCAAAUACGGCUGCAAUUGUUCUCGGGCUGAAGUUCAAUUCAAUCGAAAUGUGCCCUCCAACUUUGCUACACUUUUGCCUCAAAUUUGCGAAAACUUGGACGCACUCAACAUCAACGUGGAAAAUAGGUUUAAUCCUCACCUGCAUGAAAUGUGGAGUAAUUACAAGUUCCCAAACCUCACCGGGAUUUCGAUCAGCGUCACUUUCGCCAACACAUUAGAUCUCGAGGACAUCGACAUCGAUGUUAUACUGCAAAUGAAAUUUCACCCACUCAAAAAUUUGAAAUUCUUCUCGCUGAAAAUUUUCCCAGACUAUAUCCCCCACUUAUCUGGGGCUAUUUUUUCACCCCUUUGUCAGAAGCUGCUCAACGCUGCCCCCAACCUGGAAGAAUUCGACAUUACAAUGAAUUUCCACCCGGACUUGACACCAUCUGGAAAACUGAAGGAGUUGAGGUUUAAAUAUUUUGAACGUUCUAGUUGGGCUAGUGCUGCGAUCAACAUGGCCGAAACGACGAAAAUGCUGGAAAAUUGUAGUGAUUCCUUGGAAAAGUUGACGUUGGAUCAUCAUUUAGGGCAUCCAUCUGUUUUUCAGCUGAAUUUUAACUUCUCCAACCUCACCCACCUCAACCUCGAUGCUGUCGGUGUGUGCAAAAUUGAAGACUCGCUGAACCCCACCAACCUUCCGAAACUGACCCAUUUCUCCAUCAAUUCUUGGCGCAACAUUUCUAAAAUGAUGGCUGCCUACCACCUGCGCCAUCCGGGGAUAACGUCGCUGAGCGUGGGUUGUACGCAUCAUCCAGAAAGUGAAAGUCAGGAUGGACAAACUUUUGGCAAAUUGGUCAACCUCUUCCCUGGCGUGAAGGAAUUUAAGCUGAAGUUGCGGAUUCAAGUGAUCCAGGAAGUGCCAGCAGUUCUGCCAGAGGUUCUGCCCUUGAAGGAAAUGAUGAAAUCCUUGAGCGACUGGGAGUUGACGAGCGGGCAGGUGGACAUUCAUGGUGCACGACGACGUUCGCAUGAGGAGUUGAAUGAGAAAGCGAUAACUGCUGUGCUUGAAGGAAUGACUGGAUGGAAAGGUUUGAAGAACACGUCGCUUCGAUUUAAUGGGUACACUGUUGACGGAAAGUUUAAAACUUCGGACGGUAUGAAAGCCGCUUUCGUGGCAUGUUGGUCGAUUCGAAACGUGGCUAUUGUAGGAUUCCAGAUCGACGACGAGACUUUGGAAAACUUUCGUGGAUUUAUCAAGAAAAAUAAGUUGCCUGUUAGUAUCACUAAUUUUUAAUGAUGUUUGAGUGAUUUCGACUUACAUAUUUGAUGUUUUACUUUAAUUGAAGUUCGUUAUUAUUAUUAUUUUGUUAUCUUAAAUAUUUUGUAGUUAAUUGAUAUUCACAAUGUCUCGUUUAAGAUGGGGUUUGUUUUCGAUUUUUGUUAAGUUUGUAAUUAUGAAAUCUUAUUUAUGAAUUAUUUAACGGUGCUCACAAGUUUUGAGUUAAAAUGGGUUGAACAUUUUCCCUAUUUCAAAAUUUUAAUUAUCAAUGUAAAAAUUAGAUCAAAAGUUUCCGAAUUAAAUUUUACUCCAGUUCCUUUUUGAUGAAUUCAUUAUAUAUGCUUUUAAAAAUUAGAAUUUAUUUUCAAGCUCAAAUGUUAAAUUUCAGAGUAAUUAGACACAAUUUUAAUAAACACGAUUGAAUCAAGGA